GCAGAGUUGCGAAAACUCCCGGGCAGUGGGAGGCGGGUUGCCUGCUAAGAUACAAACUAUCCCACAAUAGAAAGUAAACAAGGCGAAAAUACUACACUGACACGAUCGCAACUGGAAUAAUAAUAAUAAUCAUCAUCAUCAACAUCAUCAUCUAAAUAUCGAGCUGUUGGGUAAAAACUGUUGCGGAAGACAGACAGUCGUCGAGCUUCUCCGGGAAUCUAACGUUAGAAAGCGGAGUCGAGCUCCUAAAUGAUAAAGAAGAGUUUCCUGUGGAACGACAAAUAUUUUCCCAGCAAGCAGCAGCUCUGUUUGUCCAAACUGAUCUCUACUGCCUAGGAGGUUUUUGCAAUACUCUGCUAAAGCAACUCCCAACAGCAUACUUGCAACUGUGAAGCAGCUAUGCAGCUUGAAAUCCAAGUAGCACUCAACUUCAUUAUAUCUUAUCUGUACAACAAACUCCCUCGACGUCGGGUAAACAUUUUUGGUGAGGAGCUUGAAAGGCAGUUGAAGAAGAAAUAUGAGGGACACUGGUACCCUGACAAGCCAUACAAAGGGUCUGGGUUUAGGUGUAUACAUGUCGGAGAGAAGGUGGAUCCAGUAUUUGAAGAAGCAGCCAAAGAGAGUGGGCUGGACAUUGAAGAUGUCCGGAAUAACUUGCCUCAGGAUCUCAGUGUCUGGAUCGACCCCUUUGAGGUGUCCUACCAGAUUGGGGAGAAGGGACCUGUCAAGGUGCUGUACGUGGAUGAUAACGGUGAGAAUGGGUCAGAGUUGGACAAGGAGAUCAGAAACAGUUUUAACCCAGACGCUCAGGUCUUCAUGCCAAUCAGUGACCCUGUGGGAGUCUCUUCUGAAUCGAGCUCUCCGUCGCCUCCUUUCAGCCAGUCUGCUGCUGUCAGCCCAUCGUUCAUGCCACGCUCCACUCAGCCUUUAACCUUCACCACAGCCACUUUUGCUGCCACCAAGUUCGGCUCCACCAAGAUGAAGAAUAGCAGCCGCAGCAGCAGCAAGGUGGCGCGCACGUCUCCCACCAGCCUGGGCCUGAAUGUGAACAACCUACUGAAGCAGAAAGCCAUCUCCACUUCCAUGCAUUCUCUCUAUGGCCUUGGCCUUGGAGGGCAGCAGCAGAAGGCCUCGGCGCUCUCCCCUAAUGCCAAGGAGUUUGUUUUCCCCAACUUCCAGGGCCAGGGCAGCUCCACUGCGAUGUUCAACAGCGAGAAUCCCCUCAGUCUCAGCCCUCUGCAGUACAACAAUGCCUUUGACAUGUUUGCAGCCUAUGGGAGCCUGAAUGACAAGUCUCUCAUGGAUGGUCUAAACUUCAGUCUGAGUAACAUGCAGUAUUCCAACCAGCAAUUCCAGCCAGUCAUGGCUAACUAAUAAAUACAGAUUUAUUUAUAAAUUAUUGUUGGCAAAAGGAGAAAAGGAAGAAUAACAAAGAACAACGCACACUAGCAAAGGACAUAGAAAAAAAAAAACUGUGAACAUGGAAACAAAGAAAUCCCUGUUAGUCACUGAAGAGUGCAUGUGCCCGAGGGUGUCGUCUUUCUGUGCCCCCUUGAGUUUGUUUUUACUCAAAGCUUGUUGUACAAAUGUGUCCAAGCUUGGUUACUUCAAGUCAAUGUCAUUGUUUUCUUUUCCUGUUUUUGCCAACAAAGCACAAAAUAAUUUUUUACUGUUUUAAAGAAAAAAAACCUGAAAUAUUAAAAAAUACAUGUCAAGUUCUGGCCUCUUACAGUAUUUUAAAGUUGGUUAAGACUUGGCUAAUUUUUAAGCAAUUGGCACUAAUGAAUAUAUAUCUGGGGUUACUUGGUCUUUUUUCUAAUUGUAUAAUUUAAUUAAGUACAGAGUUUGUAAAGUAUCAGAGUAUAUAUUGUUUCUACGACACGGUAUUGCAUUUAUAUCUUUUUACUACUACAGUGAUCUGUGAUGGCUGCAGCAGCUUUAUGUUAUAUAUUGUUUUUUAAUAAAAUUGUUGAGGAAACCCAUCUUUAAAAUAGAUCAAAUAUUCUAAAGAUUGUGUACAGGAUAUUCUUUAGUGUUGGAAAUUCAGUGUAGAAAUAUUUGCUUUUUUGAAACAAGAGUUGUAUUUUCUGUUUAAAAAGUUAGAUUUUUGCUAUAUUAUGGACAAUGUAAUCCUAUACAUUAAUUUUGUACCAACAUUGUGCAAUACUUGAUAAAAUACGGUAUAACAAAGUAUUUUGAGUCAGUGUCUUACAUGUCAAGAGGGACUGAAAUAGUUUAUAUUAAGUUUGUAUUAAAAUGCUUAAAAAUAUAUGCUUGUCUUUAUUUUUUUUUAUUUCAUAUUUGCACCCUUGCCUUUUUCAAUAAAAGCAAAUUUAGUCAAGAAA